AUGCUUGUCUAACAGCAAUAAAGACAGAUGCCUGCUACGCCCAUUCCAGGCAAUGCACGUAAAGUUAUAGAGAAUUUCAGUUAUGCCCUAUCAGAUGCUAUCGGAAAGGGCUUUAGUUCCAUUGUCUAUAAAGGCAGAAAUGAUGAAACCAAUGAGGUAGUCGCCAUAAAAGUGAUCGAUAAAAAAGGACUCAAGACUCCUCUGCAUUAUCAACUCCUGAGAUCCGAAGUUGAAGCCUUAUCCCAACUCAAUUCUCCAAAUAUCAUGAGAUUAUACAAAGUGUACUACACUGAAAAUAAUACAUACCUGAUCACUGAAUUUUGUGACUAGGGUGACUUGGGAUAACUGGUAACUAAAACAGGAGUCUAAAAAGAGUAGAAUAUGCAAAAAUUAUUCUAUGGUAUCAUCCAGGGUUACAAGUAGAUGAAACAAAGGGGUAUUGUACAUAGAGAUCUCAAGCCAGCCAACAUCCUACUCAAAGCAUCAGUUCCAAAAAUAGCUGACUUUGGAUUUGCUACCACUCCCCAAACUGCUGCCACCAUGCCUAAUGUCAAUGUAGGAUCACCUCUAUACAUGAGUCCCUAGGCAUUCAAAAACAGAUACUCAGAAAAAUCUGAUAUUUGGGCUUUGGGUGUAAGUCUUUAUGAAUUAUUAUUUGGGCAAGUUCCCUGGUAAGCUGGAAGUGAGAGAGAAUUAGCUUAAAGAAUGGCCACUGUGCCUGUGCAAUUCCCAGGACACAUCUCAGAUGAAUGCAAGGAUUUUAUUUACAGGUGUUUGAUAGUAGAUGAAAAUAGAAGAGCCACUGUUGAAGAAUUGGAAGGCCAUGUUUGGUUGUCAAAACAAGAACUCUAACCUAUUAAAGGCAAUGGGUUCUCUAGUAUGUUCAGGAGUAAUCAACAAAACAAUCAUCAUCAUCUCUUAUAGAAUAAUAAUAUUGCAACUCCUUUGGGUGAUACUCAGAAUAAACAAUCUAUUUAAUUUCAAACCAGGGAAUCAAAUUAUGGAAAGGAAAAUACUGUCAUUGUUAAAUAGUCAUAAUAAUCCAUCAUGUAGUAACCUUUGAAGUCAAUCAAAAGAGUCUAGGAGUCAAGAAAGGAAUCUUAAAUAAGUUAAUAGAUGAAUCAAGAACAUUCAAGUUAGAGAGAGGAGGAAAGUUGGAGUGAAUCUAAGAAGAAUGAUUACAUCAUUUUGGCCCAGCUAAACUUCUGUAGAUAUUUAUAUAGGGUUUCUGCUUUAAUGGACAAAUAUCGAUUUUUUUAAACCUCUUAUUUGAGAGAAAAACUAUUGUUUUUAGUGAACAAGAACAUCAUGAUUAAGUUAAAUUGUUUAAAUGAAGUGAUGUAAGGACAAAACACUCUUGGAUUAGAGAAAUUCUAGCAGUAUGUAUAGAAUCCCUAGUAUACAAAAUUGUGUACAGCUAUCCAUCAAUAUAAUCAAAAAUACACUCUUUAAUUCAAUACUGUUUGGAUGUCCUUAUAGAAUCCAGAUUAAAAAUCAUUAUUAGCAAUUGACAAAAAGUUUGAUGCUGUUUUUGAUGACAAUUUUACUGAAUAUGAAUCUUUCUAUAUUAUUUUGAAUUCUAUCUUAAGAACUGCAAUAAAGGAAAUCGAAUAUUCACUCGAAUCCAAAAUUGUAGUUUAAGACACUUAAUAAUUAUUACCCAUGGAUAUAGAAGGAGGUGUGAUUCUACUUGACUAUUUAAUCACUUACUUUUAAUUGGCUUCUCUCAUUUAAGAAUGUUUCGAAGAUCCUUAUGAAUUUGCUAUUGAUUCAAAAAUCGAAUAGAUUGCUGAUGGCAAACCAGUCAGAUUAACUUAUGGCCAUUAUAUUGAAAUAAGAAAUAAAAUAAAAUAACUUGAUAUUUGA